AUGUGCAAGUACACAAUCACGAUACUCGAAUGCGGUCACAAGCAGGAUGAUCAUGUCGUCACUCUCAACUGCCCCUACUACGAUAGGACCAGAGUACCCUGUGACCGUGACAAUUCGAGGACAAAAGAUCGCUGCACCGUAAAAACCAGAGACCAAAACGGGAUUUGCAACAGAUGUCUCCGCGACAACGAAGAAGCCGCCAUGCGCCGUGACUUGGAAAAAGAAAGAGAACACAAACGCCGAGAAAACGAAGAGGCCGCAGAAGCAUUCCGACGUGGGCAGGAAGAACUUAAAGAGAAGAACCGCCGGGAGGCGGAAGAAAGACGACGGGCUCAGCAAAAAGCCGACGAAGAAGCCAGGGACAAAGCCCGCCGGGAAGCGGACAGAAAGCAGCGAGCUGACGAAGAGGCCAAGGAGAGAAGUCGCAGGGAGGCCGAAGAAAGACGCCGAGCGGAUCAGAGGGCCGAAGAAGAAGCUACGGAGAAACGCCGCCGGGAAGAAGAACGACGUCGUCGGGCGAAAGAAAAAGCCGACGAAGAAGCUAUGGAGAAGCGCCGCCGGGAAGUGGAGCAAAGACGACGGGACGAGGAGGAAGCUAGGGAGAGGGACCUCAGGGAGGCGGAAGAAAGGCGGCGGCAGGCCAAGAAAGAAGCCGAUGAAGAAGCCAUUGCGAGAAGACUUAGGGACCAAGAGAGAGAGCUGGCUGAAAAGGAACAGGAAAUGGAAAGAAAACGCAGAGAGCAUGAGAAGAAGAUGGCAGAGCAUGAUAAGAAGAUGGCAGAGGACAUUGAGCGACGCCGGCGGGAGCAUGAGAAGAGAUUGGCAGAAGAGGAAGCACAAGCAAAGGAGAUCGAAAGGCAGAGAAAGGCGGAGCUCGACCGACUGGCCAAAGAACAACGGGAUCUGGAUUUGAUGAUCCAAAAGUCCAGAGAAGAAGCAGACCGGAAGAAGAGAGAAAAGGAGGAAGAGGAGCAGCGAGCUCUGAGGGAGUCUGAAAGAUGGGAGCAAGAGAAGAGGUACCGAGAGGAACUA